CGUCGACAGUCUCAGUACACACCGGCAAAGAGUCCGAAUCGUGCUACGUUGAGGCGAACAGACACUGCAGAAGUGAGUGCUCUUGGAGCUGGUCUAUUGUUACUUGAUGUUACGGCACGAUGGGUGAAGCUGAAGAACAUGAGUAGAUGUACUAGAAUUACAAUUAUUACAGUAGAUGUACUAGAAUUACCUAUGGGGCUGACAGGACGACGAUAGCGCCGGCGCUUAGUUAGUUUUAGCAAUUAGCAGGAUACUUUAGGAUACUUGUUGAUAGUUACCCUUUUCUCUUUUAUAUCUUCCUCAGGUCUGUCUCUUUUCUAGUUAGGUCGGCUCCGCCACAAUUAUUACAGAGGGUAUCUGAAUUCAAACAUCGGAAUUCAACCAAUCUAGAAGUCAUCAAUACAAUCAUCCCCAUACUGCUUUUCUCCUUGACGAGUUAUUCUAACCGCCGCAUGAAGGAGGAAGGCAGUUCAGAGGAGGAGGAAGAUUCUGACUCCUCGGACGAAGACAGUGACGAAGAUAGCGAAGAGGACAGCGAUGAGGAGGAAGGUGAAAGUGGGCCUGUAGAUGAUGAGAACAUCCUAGGGAGGAUCAUGGGUUCAGCGCAGCAACUAGGUGGAUUUGGAAGCUCUGGUGGUACUGGUGUUGCGGAGGAAGGUUCAUUGAGCGGUCUUGGUCCUCAGACGGGUGCUAUUGCGGGUAAAGGCUUG